CCCAUCUCUCUCUCUCAUCUUCCCCCACUUUGCUCCGCUUUCCCGUCCACCGCCACCGCCACCGCCACCACCACCGGCCAUGGAUCCCUUCCACCACCUCAACACCGCCUUCUCCAAUCCCUACCACCCGCUCCUCUCCUCCUCCCCUCCCCACCCCUACCACCCGCCGCCCCCCCUCCCCCCUCCGCCCGCCGCCGACCCGCCCGAGCGGGAGCGCCUGCCGCAGUGGUCGCACGCCGAGACGGCCGCCUUCCUCGCCAUCCGCGCCGACCUCGACCACUCCUUCCUCUCCACCAAGCGCAACAAGGCCCUCUGGGAGGCCGUCUCCGCGCGCCUCAACGCGCAGGGCGGCUUCGCGCGCACCCCCGACCAGUGCAAGUCCAAGUGGAAGAACCUCGUCACCAGGUUCAAGGGCACGGCCAGCGACGCGCAGGCCGAGGCCGCUGGCGGCGGGGACCACCACGCCGGCGCGGCGGCGAGGGGCAGCUUCCCGUUCCACGACGAGAUGCGGAGGAUCUUCGACGCGCGGGUCGAGAGGGCGCGCGCAUUGGAGGCCAAGAAGGCCAAGGGGAAGGACGCCGCCGCGCGGCGCGAUCCGGACGACGAUGGCGGCGGCGAGGGCGACGAGGACGAGGACGACGAGGAGGAGGCGGAGAUGUUCGACGAGGAGGAGGGCAGGGCCGAUGCGGAGACGCGGGGCGCGGGGAAGAAGCGGAGGAGGAAGGCGGCGCCGGCGAGGACCGCAUCAGCGGGAGGAGGGGUCGAGAUUGGCGAGGUGGAGGCCGUGCUGCGGGAGUUCAUGCGGCGGCAGAUGGAGAUGGAGGAGCGGUGGAUGGAGGCCGCGGAGGCGCGCGACGCCGAGCGCCGGGCGCGCGAGGAGGAGUGGCGCGCCGCCAUGGUCGCGCUCGGCGAGGAGCGGCUCGCGCUCGUGCGCCGCUGGCGCGAGCGCGAGGACGCGUGGAGGGCGCGCGCCGAGGAGCGCGAGGAGCGCCGGCACCAGCUCGUCGCCGCCCUGCUGGCCAAGCUCGGCGGCGACACGUCGUCCUAAUCCACCCCACCAAUCCAUGCCACACACCAUGCCCUGGACGAUGAUCCAUCCAUCCAUCGCCGCAAAGCGGGCGCCGGGCGGCCGGAUAAGCACUUUUAGACCAGUUGUAGCAGCGACAGAUCAAAUCCAUGAUCGAUCUUGCAUGCCUAGCUUGUGCCUUUGUUAGGGUUUCUUUAGACAGUGAGAGGUCAGGAAAGGCGGCGCGUUGGUGUGUGUUGAAAAGGGUUUUGCAAACAUCUUUCCUUUGUUAGUCUAGCCAUGACCUGCAACUGUAAACUCACUCACUCACUGGUCUUAUCAGCUUCAGAAGCUAGCUAUAACAUGCAGCUUUCCAAAUGCAUGGAUGCAUGCAUGACUUUGCAUGAUCAAUUAACCCAUCCAUCGAUGUUGCUAGCUUCUCCUCCUUCUCCUCAUCAUUCCACAAGGUGGACGGUCAUGGUCGCCGCAGGCAGAAUCUAACAACGUGGGUCUGCAUACAUACAUUAUUGCCUUUUUUUUCUUCAGAUAUAUCUCUGCAGUGUGCAUGUGUAGCUUUUGCGCAACAUGGUCUAUAUAUCUAUCUACAUCUUUCCUUC